AUGAUCGAUCUUCCAAUACACCCACCAAGCAGCGCAAAACCGCCGCAAAAGCCAGCAGCGCUGACGGGUGAGCAAGAGGAAAAGUAUGAUUUGGUGCUAACAGCGAUGCGCCAACUCAACACUCUCCCUAUGAGCGAGAAUGAUAAUACUCCUGCGGGAAUAAGCGGGGUAGAAGAGCGAUUCUUAACUAGAGAAUGCAUGUUGCGCUAUCUGCGAGCGACGAGAUGGAACACUGUGACGACGAUCGAGCGAUUACAAAAGACCCUAAUCUGGCGUCGCACUAUAGGACUCAACGAGGGAGGCAAAUUGAUGAGCGGCGACUAUAUAGCACCCGAGCAGCUCACGGGCAAGCAGCUCCUGUGCGGAUUCGAUAACUUGGCCCGCCCCCUCUGGUACAUGAAGCCGGAUAGACAGAACACAGAGGAGAGCACCCGGCAAACUGAUCAUGCUUUCUUUAUGCUCGAAUUGGCUAAAAUAUGCGCUCCGAGAGGCGUGGAAACCGUCAGUCUGCUUAUCAAUUACGCUAAGAAGGCUAAGGGUCCGUCGCUCGCCACGUCAAAAGGCGUACUUUAUGCCCUAGCCGAUCAUUACCCAGAAACACUGGGAACUGCUUUCGUUAUUAACCUUCCAGCCGUCGUCACGUGGAUGUUUAAAAUUAUCUCGCCCCUCCUCGACCCCGUUACCAGAGAGAAACUGUCCUUCUCGAAUGACGUCUCGCAUGUGGUAGAUAAAUCUCAGCUAGAGGACAGUUUUGGCGGGAAUGUCGAUUUGAGUGUCUACGAUCACGAUAAAUACUGGUCACAGCUUAUGGAUUUCGUCGAUGAGCGUAAAAAGAAGAUGUCGGAUAAGUGGAUUGAGCUUGGCGGUGGUAUUGGCGUGUCUGAGUGGGAUAUCAAGUCAUUUGAUGGGGAGUGGGGGGUGAAAGAGGUGCAAGGUCAAUGA